AUGGACAGGACAACAGUUGUCCCGAGUCCGGCCUCCACCUACUGCUCCUUUAUGGGUGGCUCCCAGCACUCCCCAUUGCGGCGAUCACAGCGCCUCAUCGACAAGGAAAACCGGGAUCUGCAGAAGAUUCCGCCCAAAAGUCUUUCUCCUCAGUUAUUUGGAAACACUGAAGAUGAUUACAGUGAACUAUUGUUGCAGCAAGGGAAAGUGGUUCACCUGAAGCCUGCAGCUAAGUUGGUGCCCGUGAGAUCCUCGGAUAAUCUAGUCCAUCUUGGAUCCCGGGAUAAAGUUGUCCCCUUGAAAACUUCCAAUAGAAUCGUUCACCUGAAGCCUCCAUAUAAGAUUAUCCACCUCAAAAGUUUAGAUGAAGUUGAAAAGACCGUAAAGAAGAAGAAUAAUAUUCAGAAAGAAGUUCAUCAAAGGAAUUCACAAAGGAGAAGCAUUCAAUGCACUCCCAAAAAACGUGGUCGAAAACCAAAGCAACCGGCUAAGAAACUGCAGUCAAGAAUUUCCACCGAUCAGCUAGGAAGCACACCAUCGCCAUCCAAGCUGCCUGCCAAAUAUCCCGCCCAUUUUGUUCAUCAACUUCCGCCCGCUGAGGAUUCCAGCUGUGCCACUCGAAGACGAUCCUUAUCUGCUCCAGCUAUGCAACUUAGCGAUCUAAGCCUCACACCCGAUGAGAUCCAAACUCCGGAGCGGCGCGGUGAAAUCGUAAACAAAUCGCCAUCGGAUCUCGACUCCGAUGUCUCCUUGAACUUCUCGCUGUCCGAUUCCAUUGGCGAGAUCUUCGGCACCAAGGACAUCAGCAGCAUUCUGACCAUGCAGCGGCCGCGUCAGUACAUUUUGCUGGAGGAGCAUCUGCCCACACUGGCCACCAUGUUGAACGUUGACUUGGAGCGACUGCGCUGCGUGCUGGAUAUCACUCAGGGCUUGAGCCACGAGCAAAUCCUGCGCUUUCCGAUAAAACAUGAAGAGGAUGAAUUGGAAGUACCUUAG